AUGGGUAUUCGCACAAUUUGUCUUAUAUUCUUUGGCCUGUGCCUUUUUGGAGUCCUGGCCUUCAUUCUGGGCAAUGUGAUGACUGACCUAGGAGAACGGUCAGGCUUGAGCUGGUUCCUGCACACAACUAGUCCCUACAUGUGGGCCGGUCUGGGCGUCGGCCUGUGCGUCUCACUAUCCGUUGUGGGCGCUGCGAUUGGCAUUUUCAUGACGGGCGUCAGCAUUGUCGGAGGAGGGGUGCGUGCGCCUCGCAUCAAAACCAAGAAUCUAAUAUCUGUGAUAUUUUGCGAAGCCGUUGCCAUUUACGGCCUAAUCAGCUCGAUUGUGUUCUCCGGGAAUCUGCAGACCUAUGUGAUCCACAAUGUGAUCAACCAUCGCAAGAUCAUGACGCGAAACAUAUUCACGGGAUACGCCACCUUUGGCGCCGGCCUGUCUGUUGGUCUGGUGAAUCUCAGCUGUGGCAUAUGCGUGGGCAUUGUGGGCUCUGGAGCAGCUCUAGCGGAUGCCGCCAAUUCAUCCUUAUUUGUCAAGAUACUAAUUGUGGAGAUCUUUGGCUCAGCAAUUGGACUGUUCGGAUUGAUUGUGGGCAUUUACAUGACGUCUAAUGCGGAAAUGGUUAAUUAAUUCAUUUUUUAUUAAAAACUAUAACUU